UGCAGGCGGGGUCAGUGAUGUAACAGGAAGCCCUGAUGUUUCCCUUCUGCUGCUGAUCACUUACAAUCUGACAACACUUCCAAUCUACCCAGAACAACCCUUGUCUCCAGCAGAGAGUGUCACCUCCUGCCUUGGGACCUUCAAGCUCUGCUUGACUGGAGUUCGCUCUGCUGGCAGGAUCACAUUGCAAGGCUUUGCCUCUUCUCCACCUUGCCUGGGGAUAAAUCUGUCUGCGGAAUCUCAGAAAGUCAAAUUCCAUCCUGUCUCUUUCAUCAGGAAUUUUCUUAGGAGCUGUGCUGGGAACCUACGAUGAUAUACCAAGCCCUUGUGCUGCCACCUAUCAACACUCUGGACGGGCAUUCCUUCAGGUCAUGACCCCUGGAAUUAAGAAAUUCUUCAAGACAAUGUUGAGUAUGAUCCAAGAAAAAAUGUGAUUUGAGUCUGGAGACAACUGUGCAUAUCACUCUAGUAUUAAAAAUCCAGGAUAGCUGAUAAAAGAGAACACAGUAUUUGGAAGACUGCUACAAUUAACAAGAGAAAUUGCUCCCAGUGUGAUUCACAGCAUAUUUCAUUUGGCCUCCAAUGAUGGAGAGAAAAUACCUACUAUAUUUUCUAUUUCUCUUGCCGUUUCUAAUGACUCCUGCCACAGCAGAGCCAGAAGAAGAAGAAGAAGACCCCGAUGACUUAAUUCAGUUGGGGGUUACUAGAAAUAAAAUAAUGACUGCACAAUAUGAAUGUUACCAAAAAAUUAUGCAGGACCCUGUUCAACAAGUAGAAGGGCUUUACUGCAACAGGACCUGGGAUGGAUGGCUGUGCUGGAAUGAUGUUGCAGCAGGAACAGAAUCAAUGCAGCACUGCCCUGAUUACUUCCAGGACUUUGAUCCUUCAGAAAAAGUUACAAAGAUCUGUGAUCAAGAUGGAAACUGGUUUAGACAUCCCGCAAGCAACAGAACAUGGACAAAUUACACUCAGUGUAAUAUUAACACACAUGAGAAAGUGAAGACUGCCCUGAAUUUGUUUUACCUGACAAUAAUUGGACAUGGCUUAUCUAUUGCAUCACUGCUCAUCUCCCUGGGCAUAUUCUUCUAUUUCAAGAGUCUCGGUUGCCAGAGGAUUACCUUGCACAAAAAUCUGUUCUUCUCUUUUGUUUGUAACUCUAUUGUAACAAUCAUCCACCUCACUGCUGUAGCCAACAACCAGGCCUUAGUAGCCACCAAUCCAGUGAGUUGUAAAGUGUCUCAGUUUAUUCACCUUUACCUGAUGGGCUGCAAUUACUUCUGGAUGCUCUGUGAAGGGAUUUACCUCCACACACUCAUUGUCGUGGCUGUGUUUGCUGAGAAGCAACAUUUGAUGUGGUAUUAUUUUCUUGGCUGGGGAUUUCCACUCAUUCCUGCUUGUAUCCAUGCCAUUGCUAGAAGUUUAUAUUACAAUGACAAUUGCUGGAUCAGUUCUGAUACCCAUCUCCUCUACAUUAUCCAUGGUCCUAUUUGUGCUGCUUUACUGGUGAACCUUUUCUUCCUACUAAAUAUCGUACGUGUUCUCAUCACCAAGUUGAAAGUUACCCACCAAGCUGAGUCCAAUCUCUACAUGAAAGCUGUGAGAGCUACGCUCAUUCUUGUGCCACUGCUUGGCAUUGAGUUUGUGCUGAUUCCAUGGCGACCUGAAGGCCGGAUUGCAGAGGAAGUGUAUGACUACAUCAUGCACAUUCUUAUGCACUAUCAGGGUCUUUUGGUUUCUACAAUUUUCUGCUUUUUCAAUGGAGAGGUUCAGGCAAUUCUGAGAAGAAACUGGAAUCAAUACAAAAUCCAGUUCGGAAACAGUUUUUCUCAUCCUGAUGCUCUCCGUAGUGCAUCUUAUACAGUGUCAACAAUUAGUGAAGUCCCGGGCUAUAGUCAUGACUGUCCUACUGAACACUUAAAUGGGAAAAGCUUCCAGGAUAUUGAAAACGUUGUCUUAAAACCAGAGAAGCUAUAUGACUUAGUUAUGUGAACACAGAGAGAUCAUUGCCAGGUUUGUGCCACUCUUACUUAGCACAAUGACUUAGAUACAUGACUUUCCAGCCAGAAGACUUCAAUAUUAAAUGAAUCCCUUGAGAUACCAUAAAGGAAGCACUCAGAUUAAAGGAUAAGUCUGUGGAUAUAAUGGUAAGCAACAAUCACUGUGUGGAUGGAAAGGCCCUGACUGAACAUUUGCCAGUAAAUAACUACACUGUGGUUGAUUCAAAGCUACCAACCUGAAAUCACUGAAUGUGAAACUGGGAGUGGUAUGGGGGUGGGGGAGAGUUAAGCACAAUUAAUUUGUAAGCUGAUAUGGGUCAGUUCCAACUUAUCACUGCUUGAAAUCACCAGUGAAUGACCGUGCAAGUUCAUAUAUGCAAUGGGUCUAACUCCACUCCUGUCCCCUUAUAUACACAGUCUUUCUCCCACUUAAGGUGCAGUUCUUUGGCUGAAUACGUAUAUGUACACAUAAAACCAAACAUACACUAUGUCACUGGACCUCUUCAUGUAGUGUUUUCUCAAAUGUACUAAAGCAUUAAUUCUACCAUAGGCUAACCACUUGUUGAUACAGCACAAUUACAUCCUGAGACAAAUCAUUGUUGAGAUCUAAUAAAUAGGAUGUACUAUAUGCAAUCCUACUUCUGUAUGAUCAGGAGAUAUCCUUGUCCUCAGCUACUUCCCUAGCUUACUACACAAGUGGGAGGGAAUUUCCCUGUAUCUGUAAAUAGAGACCUUGACCCUUCAAUUUCUACUAUGUAGACAACUUAGUUAUCAUUUUACAUGAAGGAAAUCAAUGAAGGAUUUCAUAUUACCUUGGACAUUUGUACAAAAAGAUUGUUGUGGGAAAUGAGUUUGUGAAUAAUCCAUGUUUUAUUUUAUAGUGUUAAAUCAAAUACAGACAACCAAGGUAAUUGCUUUAAAGCAGAUACAUAAUACAAUGAUAGAAGAAUGUCAUACCUGAUAUUGUGUCUGGGCAGAUUUUACAACAUAGAAUCUGGAAUUCUAUAUUUGGUAAAUAUUGUAAGGACAACCAGAUACCAGCAUCAGAAGUUAGUAUAGAAACUUAAAAAGUCAGAGACAUCUGUGGUGAGAAAUAAAAUAUUUAUUUUUAAAUGUCAGGCUAUUAUUUUGACAUGUCAUCUUUGAAGAAUUAAAAUUUUCUCCUUCCAUUUUGAUAAUGAGCUCAAUCAAAUCCAGAAAAAAAAUUCACAACUACUGUAAUAAAUGCCAGUGUGUUACCCUUGCAAAUUUUGCUCCAUUAAAUUAAUUUGUUGACUUUUACUAUGUGAUGAUACAUGCAUUGGCAGCAUGUCACCUUACUAAAGGAAAAACAAAAGCAAUAGAACAUAUAUACUAUAAAAAUGUUCCAAUAUUUAAUAGACUACUAUAUAUGAUAAUACACAUCACUAAGACUUGAAUGAUUCAUUGAGGAAGAAUCAUCAGACACCUAUGGGAUAAUUAAAUUAAGGUGGAAGACAGCCUCUCUAAUAAAAGAAAGUGACAUUUAAGAUGAUUCAGUUAUUCUAUUCAGUUAUUUUCCACUGGAAUGUCUGAAGAACAAGAAGUUCAACUAGUUAAAGCAAAUUUGGGAAGAAAUCAUGUGUAUUUGUUUUGGAAGUAUGUCAAUCAGCUGAAAAUGGAUUAGAGAUCUGUCAUCAUAAAUUGCUUCCCAAAUCUUCAGGAGAUAAGUUCAACCUUUAUUUAAAAUUGUCAAAUUAAUGUGAAUUGGGAUAAUAAAUGGCCUAAUAAAUACACUUGUUAUUUAUCUAUGCAUGUAAAGGUAUCAUUACAUUAGUAUCAAACUUAUGGGUUUCAUAGCAAGUUAUUAUUAAAAGGAAUGCAGGUUGUUCUCAAUUUUAACUGUCUAAAUUAUAGUACAAUUUCUCUUACUAAAAUUAAUUUUGUUAUUUAUUAUUCAAAGAUACAGAUUCAUAUUCUUUACUGACAAUGUUCAUAUGUAGUUCAGCCAAUACUCUAGACCAGCUGUCAACUUUUAGCCAUAAAUGACAGUAGGAAAUGUUGAAUUAUAAGAGAACGUGUUAAAAUGAUACUGUAAUUAUCAAGUAUUUCUAUUGUGUUUUAAACAUGUUAAAUGCAGUUAUUUUUCUUAUUGCCAAGGUUUGUCUGCUGUACCACCUUCAACCGUAACAGACUGUGAUUAAUCAGUAUUAAUUCUGUACCAAUAUAUUUUUGAGGAAUAAUAUUUUUGAAUGUUAGACAUCUUUAGAUCUGAAGAGCUAAGUGUGAUCUUUAUGCAUUACUUGUGAAGAAAAUUAAUCUGAUACUUUCUAAAAGCAAUCUUGUUUAGUAUCUAAAAUCUAAAUGUUUGCAAAUUUAUAGCUUUUAAAAUAAUAGCUCGGCCAUUUUCUGGAAUUACUUGUGGAAGUCUCAUUUUAAUUGUCUAAAAAAUUCUGUUCUGUCAUUUUUUUUUUAAAGUUUACUUUCUAGUGGGCAAAUUCAUAAAAAUACUCAUUUUGGAAUUUAUUGUUUAUUCAACUAUAAUCCAAUGUAUAUAGAAUUAGGAGCAGCUGUAGUGCUGUAUUUAUUGCUUAUAAGUUUUAAUGUGAGUUUAUUUUAAUUUUAUCCUGACUUUAAUCUGCUAAUAGAAACAGCUGUUAAACAUAUUCAAGAUAUUCUAAUUAAUUAAAAUAACUCAUGUUAUACAUG